AUGGCCGACAUCGACGAUUCCCUCGAUGCCCGCAUCUCGUCCGAGUGCCCAGUAGGCAUACAGGCCAUACUGCGCGCCGCCUGGCGUCACGAUGUCGACGCCAUUAAGCCCCUCCUCGACGCGCCAGGCAAGGCCAGCUGUCGCGACCCUGUGACGGGUGAGACGCCAUUGCACGCAGCCAUCCGUUCGCUGGGACCGGUCAGUGAGGACGACGUUCAAGAGGCACAGGCCGAGAAGGAGGCACAGGCGACAAAAAUGGUUGAGCGGUUGUUGUUUGGCGGUGCCAUCUGGAACGACGUCGACAUGGACAACGAGACCCCCGGCUGCGUGGCGUGGCGGCUGAACCAGAAAAGUCUCUACGACCAGAUGGUGCGGGCCGGUACGCGAGCUGAAAUGCUGUUUGCCAUCCUGGACGGCUACGAGGAGCUCGAGUCGGAUGGUGAUGAGGACGACGAGGACGACGAGGAGAUGGCAGAGGCAGAGGAGGCAGACGGGACAGGCGACGGUGCCAAUGGCACAAAUGGCCACGAGGCUGAACCAGAGCCGGAGACCGAAACAGACGCUCCCGCUGCCGAUGCCCCAGCCUCCGAAGAGACUCCCUAUCUCGAGUCCCACCUCACGCUCAACGACGGCAAGCUCGUCGAUGCGGCCGGUAACGGUGUCAUGAUGGAGUGGGAGGCCGACAUUAUGCGCCGCAGCGUGGACGCCAUGCUUGGCGGACCUCCGGACGACGCGGCUACCAAGGGCAAGCGCGUCCUCAACAUUGGCUUCGGCCUCGGCAUCAUCGACAGCAUGAUUGCCUCCCGCCAACCAGCCCGCCACCAUAUCAUCGAGGCCCACCCGGAGGUGCUGGCACGCAUUGAUGCUGCGAGCAGCAACCCUUCUGCGGCAGGCGACGACCAUGCGGCCGAGUUUGGCGCCGCCUGGGAGGCAUCGUCGCCCGAGGGUGGCGCGUUCAAGGUCCUGCGGGGUCGCUGGCAGGACAUUUGCCCCAAACUGCUGGCCGAGGGCGAGCUGUACGACGCCAUCUACUUUGACACGUUUGGCGAGGACUACAGCGAGCUGCGCCGCUUCUUUACAGACUACAUCCCCGGCCUGCUGGCCGACGACGGUGUUUUUGGUUUCUUCAACGGCCUCGGCGCCGACCGGCGAGUGUGCUACGACGUAUACACGCGCGUGGUUGAGAUGCACCUGUCCGAGGCCGGCCUGGACGUCGCAUGGCAGGAUGUCGACGUUCCCCUAGCCGACGACGGCCUCGACAAGGCUGGCGCAGGGGCGUGGGAAGGCAUCCUGCGGCCCUACUGGACACUCGACAAAUACCGACUGCCAGUAUGCACAUUUAUAGGCUAA